UCAGAAGGGGCCAAGGGGAGACGCAACCAAUAUCACCAUAAUGAUAGAACAGUUGGAGGAUGCCCAUGCACACACCUCAUGGAAGAAGUUCUGAUCUUGGACACUAAAGAAACGCCAACACAUUUUUCUCCAACACCUACCUUGAUGCACAUCUCCAUCUCUCACUUCUCCUACUCCCAUUACACAGUAACUUCUCCUAGGAGUUUCCUUUAUUAAAGGGUUUUUCUUAAUCUCUCUCUCUGUAUCUUUAGGAGGCAAGAGAGCAAAAAGAUUUCUAAGUGGAGCAGAACUGGCAGGUGCCAGUGAGCUGAAGAUUCCAUUACCUAGGAGACGAGGGAGAUGAAGGGACAGUUGGUGUCCUCCAACUGUUCUUUCACUAUGCAUGUGAAAUUUACCAAGAAUGACUGUGAUAUCCAAGUUGAUUUGAACUGUAGUCUAGCUGUUGGGAGCUGCAGACACCAGAUUUGAAGUGAAUGAGAUGAAUACAAAGCUAAGCCUUUUUUUGUGGAAGAAUCUGACCAGUAAAAAUUCAUAAGUGACAGUCCCUGAGAUUUGAGUGUAAGAGAAAUCUGUGACUCUUAUAUCAACGUAGAUAAAAAUCUGAAGGGUGACUGAAUAUGAUGAAACCAGAAAGAGAUUGUCAGUAUUCAGUCCUAAAUGAGUGUAACAAAAUGACCUCAGGGAAUGACAGUUUUCAGGACAGCAAAUAUAGCAAAUGCUUUAUGCAACAUGGAGAGCUUCUUCAAUCCCAAGAAAAGACUUCUGAAAUUCACAUGUAUCAGAGUAAUCUAGGGGAAAUGGCCUUCAGCUGGAGUUCAGACCUCAUUAGACAACAAAAAUGUUAUUCUGGAGAAAUGCUUUAUGUAAGUAAUAAAGGUGGGAAGACCUCCAGUCAGAACCCUAAGUUUACUAGACGACAGAGAAUCCACACUGGAGAAAAAAUUUAUGAAUGUAAUCAAUGUGGAAAGGCUUUCACACAGAGGGGCAGUCUUCAUGAACAUCAGAGAAUCCACACUGGAGAAAAACCAUAUGAGUGUAAACACUGUGGAAAGGCUUUCACAUUGAGCUCCCAACUUGCUAAACAUCAGAGAAUCCAUACUGGAGAGAAACUUUAUCAAUGUAAACAAUGUGGAAAGGCUUUCACAGAGAGCUCCAACCUUGUUGUACAUCAGAGAAUCCAUACUGGAGAAAAACCUUAUGAAUGUAACCAAUGCGGAAAGUCUUUCACACAGAGGGGCAGUCUUAAUGUACAUAAAAGAAUCCACACUGGAGAGAUACUUCAUCAAUGUAAUCAGUGUGGAAAGACUUUCGGAAGUAACUCUGAUCUUCGCAAACAUCAGAGAAUCCACACUGGAGAAAAACCUCAUGAAUGUAAUCAGUGUGGAAAGACUUUUACACAGAGGGGCAGUCUUGGUGAACACCAGAGAAUUCACACCGGGGAGAAACCUUAUGAAUGUAAACAAUGUGGAAAGGCUUUCACAGGGAGAUCCAACCUUGUUGUACAUUGGAGAAUUCACACUGGAGAGAAACCUUAUGAAUGUAAUCAAUGUGGAAAGGCUUUCAGAGAGAGUUCCAGUCUUGCUAGACAUCAAAGGAUCCACACUGGAGAAAAAUCUUAUGAAUGUAAACACUGUGGAAAGGCUUUUACAACAGGCUACAAUCUUGCUGAACAUCAGAGAAUCCACACUGGAGAGAAACCUUAUGACUGUAAUCAAUGUGGAAAGGCUUUCACACGCAGCUCCAAUCUUAGUAAACAUCAGAGAAUCCACACUAGAGAGAAACCUUAUGAAUGUAAACAAUGUGAAAGGGCUUUAACAUUAAGCUCCAAUCUUGCUGCACAUCAGAAAAUACACAAUGGAGAAAAGUCUUAUGAAUGCAAUCAGUGUGGAGAGACUUUUACAGGGAAGGGCAGUCUUGCAGCACAAGACAGAGAGAAACUUUAUAAAUAUAAUCAGUGGGGAAGGACUUUCACCCAAAGCUCCUGUCUUGCUAGCCAUAAGAGAAUACGCACUGGAGAGAAAUCUUAUGAAUGUAAUCAAUGUGGAAAGAUUUUCACAACUCGCUACAAUCUUGUUGAACAUCAGAGAAUCCACACUGGACAGAAACCUUAUGAAUGUGAUCAAUGUGGAAAGACUUUCACACAGAGGAACAAUCUUGCCAAACAUCAGAGAAUCCAUGAUGGAGAGAAACCUUAUGAAUGUAAUCAGUGUGGAAGGGCUUUCACUCAAAGCUCCAAUCUUGCUAGACAUAAGAGAAUCCACACUGGAGAGCAAGGCAUGCAAAGAGGAAGUCUCCCCAUUUUGAAGAUCCUCCAUGAAGAGGACCAAAACAUGGUCCAAGGAAAGGCUGUGGACCCAGAGGGAAUGACCCCUAGGACUCAGCGACCCCCAUCCCAGGAAUUGGUGACCUUCAAGGAUGUAGCUGUGGACUUCACCCAGGAGGAGUGGUGCUUGUUGGACCAUUCUCAGAAAGAGCUGUACAAAGAGGUCAUGCUGGAGAAUGUUCAGAAUCUACUCUCCGUGGAUGCAGAGACCACAUUGGAAGUCAAUGAGACUCCAAAGCUGAGCCUUUUUGUGGAAGGAUCCGGCUAGCAAAGAUUCAUGAGCGACGGUCCCCGCGACUUCAAUUUAAGAGAAAUUCGUGACUCUAACAUCAACCAGAAUGACUGUGAAUUUGAUGAAACUGGAAAGAGAUGCAGAGAGUAUUCAAUCCUGAAUCACCAAGAAAAUAACCUCAGGAAACGAUGGUCCUCAGGAUGGUGAAUACAGCAAAUACUCAACAGAGCGGCCUCCUGGGCCCCAUGAGAAGCCUUCUGAAAUGUGCAAGUGCGGGGGUAAGGGAGGGGGAAUGGCCUUCAGCUGGAGUUCAGACCUUCUUGGACACAAAAUGUCAUCCUGGAGCAAAGCUUUGUGUAAGUGGUAACGGUUGGAGGCCUCCAGUGAGAACGCGACGCUCGCUGGACAACAGAAUCCUCGUCCAGGGGAUCAAUGCGGAAAGGCUUUCCAAAGUAACUCCAAUCUAGGAAGCCGACUCCACGCUGCAGAGAGACCUCGUGAGGGUCACAAAUGAGGCUGAGCCUCAGUUGCCGCUCUUGGCUCCUUUGACAGAGAAGAAUCCACCCUGGAGGGAGGCCUUGGACAUAAUCCCUGUGGUGAAGCCUUCAGGCAACAGGCAUCUCUUAUCCCCAGCAUGAAAAUUCCUGUUGGAUAGAAAUGACUGUCAUGAAUGAAGAAAGGCGUUGAAAUGGAUGUCACAGCUUGUUGCAUAUUAAAAAAUCCUUCCAAGAAGCAGCUCCAUACGGACUCCCUAUGGGAAAUCUGUCUCUUACUUUAUAUCAGAGAAUUCAUGUGGAGAGAAACAUAAUGAAUUAGUAGACAGUAUUCUUAUUGAAAUGAAGUCAUGGUUGUGGGAAUGGCUUCCCAUCAGGCUCCUACAUGCAUGUGCACUGGAGAAAUCAUGCUGGAAGUCACGCUUAAUGUGUCCAAUUCACGGGAGAAGGCCUCUUGCUAUAGCACAGAAUGCGUUGGAUCUCCCCACAGAGAUCUCAUUAAACACCCCAAAUUUUACACUGUGCAUAAUAUCCUACAAUGCUAAGGAAUUUUUCUCUGAAAUUCUAAUGUUUGGCAUUUCUCCUCAACAUUUCAUGGCAUUCAUAUUUUAUAAUUUCUUCAGCUAUUCUCCAGUUAAUUGGCACUCGCUUUGUUUCCUGUUGUUUAGAAAUCCUCCUAUAAAUAUCUUGGUAACUGUUGGACACUGAUUUCUGUAAGCAGUAAGGAGUCCCAAGACCUUUAUUCUAGGAGGGUCUCUGGCCCAGACCACCUGUAUGACUCUGGAUUUUCUCCAUCUCUCCCUCUGUCUCUUUAAGAGGCAGGAAAGAGUGCAGGAUUUCUAAGUAAGAGCAGAGAGGCAGGAACCUGUGUGGGAGAGCUGAAGAUUCCAUUACUGAGGAGACAAGGAGAGACCAUUGGGAGUUUGAAGUCUUUUGUCUCUGGACCUAGAGGGGAGCAGGAGGUCAGUCUCGGUCUCUCAGACAAGGGUCACUACUGGCAGUUUUUUACUACUGACAGUUGGUAUAGAGAAAUGGAUUUAAAGAGUUCGUGGGUGAUGAAUGUCUGUUUAAUUAGUGUAGAUAGGUAGUUAGUAAAUAUUUUAUAGAGUAGAUUAGAUAGGCCUGGCCUGGCCAGGCAGAAGAACCUGUCCUUGAAGACAGUUAGAGUAGGUUUUUUAGAACUUUUAGUUAGAAUUAGGAAUUUAGGUAUAGUCAAUAGGUAUUAGAAUAAUAAUCUCUCUUUUCUAUUUCCUAUCUGUACUUCUUCUCAAAUUAAACUAUUGUUUUAUCAAA